AUGACAAAAACAACAGCUCGAUGCUACAAUAUCUUCGAUAGAAAACUCAGCAAAGAAGACACUGUAGAGGUGGUCGAGCGUCAGCUGUUCGUGGAGGGGUUCGCAGAAGAUUCUGAUAUUGCUGUGCGACUGAUAGCUCCAAGAGGUUGCUGGUAUGCUAAUCCCUUCCUAGUGUCAGCCUUUUCUACUGAUUCAUCGGAUGUGGGCAAGACAGUGCUAGAAAUUGGAUCGGGUGGCGGAAGUUUUGAUAUGCUUUUACAUAAGCUCAAACCAAAGGCGAGUCGGCCAGAGCUCUCAUCCUUGCUGUUUCUGCCUCUCAUUGUUAACGUAACUGCUACUGAGUUAGAUUCAGUUGUUGUUGAAACAGCAAAGAAAUGGCUUGGCGUUAUUGAAGAAGAAAAUCACCGUGUGAUUGUACAAGAUGGUCUCGAGUACUUGAAAGAAGCUAGCAAACGUGGGGAGAGAUCUGAUGUCAUAGCCUUGGAUGCAUGUGAUGAAGCCAUUAGAUCGACGUGCCCUGCUAAAGUAUUUCGGGAUGUGGAAGUGAUCGUGAGGCUCAGAAAUGCUCUUACCCCUAUAGAUCAAUCAUCAAGCUUUGCACAUUCUCUCAAUCGCAAAAUAAUACCAUAA